AUGUCUGUCUUGAGCUCUGCGGAGUUCGCACCGCCUCAAGCCGUAGCCUUACUGGUCGUCUAUUGUCUCGUCUACGUAAUCCCUCUCUACUUCUCAGCUGCGACACGGCCUUCACCCACUCGCUCUAGAGAUGCUCCUGAGGCUAUCCGCGCACGCAUCUUUGUCGUCUCACUCUCAACGGCAGUAUGCUCCCUCGUGACGCUGUAUCUGCUCUCGUCUCACGGCGCAAUUGCCGUUGAGAAGCCCUUGCAUUUCAUGGGCUACUGGCCGCUUGGACUCAUCGAUGCUGCGCGUGCGCUGUGGCUCACGGCCCUGCUGUUUGCGGGCCCCUUGUAUGAGUCUCUCGUCAUCGAUGGCGCGGCUCAUCAAUGGCUUCGUCUUCAGCCGCUGAGGGAUCUGUGGACUGACUGGCCAACCUGGAGAAACAUGGUAGCUGGUCCUAUUACCGAAGAGUGCUUGUUCCGUUCUGCUGGCGUUCCACUGCUUCUCCGUUCUGGAGCCAGCCUUACUGGCACCAUCUUCAUGUCGCCCCUCAUCUUCGGUCUAGCUCACCUUCAUCAUUUUUAUGAGUUCCGUAUCACGCACCCACGGACUCCUCUCCCCAUAGCCAUUGCACGGUCAUUACUUCAGCUAUCGUACACCUCCCUAUUCGGAGCAUAUGCCACUUUCUUAUUCCUAAGAACUGGCAGCUUGCUGGCCGUUGUGCUCGUGCACACCUUUUGCAACUGCAUGGGUCUCCCACGUCUUUGGGGCCAGCUUGAUCCUUACUGGCUGCCAGAGGGUGAUCCGUCCGUAGCCUCGUCUAGAAAGAUGUGGACUGGUGUUUAUUACGUGCUUUUGGUGGGCGGCUUAGUUGCUUGGUGGCAGAAUUUGUACUCGUUGACCGAGACACCGAUGGCGCUGGCCAAGUUCUAA